CAAGAAAAGCCACGACUCAUUGAGGCAAUGAAUUUAUGUUGAUUUGACUGGAAAUGCGGACAUAAUUGGACGAUGCUUUGUACCUAAAGUAUUUUUACUAAUAAUUCGUCAAAAAUGCUGCAUAAUACGGCGACUUUGUCGCCUCAGGACAUUUUAACUGAGGUUAGAAAAUUCAUCUCCGGUGCCAUUCGGCCUGCCCAUAAUACAAACACACAAGAUGUAACCCGUACGGCAUUAUCUUUGUUGAAAAAUGUACCCGCAGCGAGGGAAGCUGUACUUGAAUAUUUUUGUAAUGUAUUUUUCGUCGCUGUAACAAAAUAUGUUCGUCAGAUCGAGUCAAAUCAGAAUAUAUCGAUAUCUGAAGAGAGCAUUAUAGCAGAAAUUCAUGCUAUCCUGAGCAGUUUCGUCAAUGGAAAUCCAGAAGCAUGGGCACCUAUCAUAUCAGCAUGGUCGUUGGACUUACUAGGCAAACUAUCCUCGGAUUAUUCAAAACGCGGCAAUUUACCUGUCAAUGCAGGCAUCAAUGAUUUUAUGCAACAAUGGAUGUCGUGCCGUGCAACAAGGACUCUAAUAGACAUUACGGCCCAAUGUCUGCAGUGUCUUAUGCAUUCCGAUACGGAGUCUUGUAUCAAGGCAUUAUUAGACACCAGUGUGAUACACAGUCCAUAUUUCGAUUGGGUCGUUGCUCAUGUAGGAAGCUGCUUUCCAAAUACUGUGAUCACGAGGGUGUUAUCGUGUGGAUUGAAAGACUUCUGUGCCAUGGGCUAUGAACAUAAUGUUAAGAAUCCAAAGUUAAAUUCUGUUGUCGGUAUAUUGGGACAUUUAGCUGGUAGCCAUUUUCAAGAUAUUAGAAAAGCACUGUUAGAUUUGUUUGAAUGGAGUUUAGAAGAAGAUAUAAAUCUUGACGAAGAUACCAAAAAGCAGAAACUAGCCACUGUACCAUUUCUUUUGAAUUUGGCUUCACUUUCUCAAACUCUUUUGAAAGCAAUAACUAGCGAUGUGUUACAAAUAUUGAAAUCAGACAUCAUACCACAACUGGCAUUGUUUGCAGCAGAUUGGUGUAAAUACUUUGAUAAUCAACCAGCGGCCUUAAUGGACUUGAUGGUACAUUUAAUAUUAGGAUGUGAGCAAGGCGCAUCACAAAUAAUCAAUGUACUAUUAGAUAUAAGUUUAAACACGAGCAACGUCGGCUAUCACAGUGUUAAUGCGGCACAAAAUGUGAAAAACAUUUGUCGGGAGAUAUUAGAAUUGAUUCUACAGGAAAUCGACCUCUUAUUGAGAACGCACGGACCUCAAUCCGCAAAUAUUCAUCUGUUGAGUUCUAUCAAACAGGAGAUAUCGUUGAUAGUACCAAUGCUGCUAAAUCCAAAUCCACUGCGUGUGCAAACGGCUGUCAGACUAUUAUGUUUUCUCAGAAGUCAAAAUCCGAACAUAGUUGUCUCCACAGUAUCCUACAUGCUGAUGAAGGCACAAACAAUGUUCCAUCUUGCGGCCUUAAUACGUCUUAUCACUAAUAAUGUUGUACAAUUUCCUACGAGUAAAUCCGUAACUGAAAAUAUGCUUGCUGGUCACGAUUAUUUUACGCAGGUUUUGGAACAAGCACUCAGAGAAAUAUACUAUAAAAAUGUGAUAGAAAAAGAGGAAUCAAAACAGUUAUUCAAAAAUCUUAUUCUGAUGUUAAAAUGGGAAAAAUCAAAUAAGGUGGAGAUAUUGCAAUCACAAAUGAUUAGCAGAGCCCUCAGAGCUAAUUUAUAUCAAAUAUCUUGUUUAUUGAUGAGAAGCGAUGAUUUUAAUUUGGCGAAUGAUGUCAUUACUCUCUUGGAUCUGUUGAGCACAUCCGAAAAAGACCAUAUUCUCGAUAUAGAACUUAUGCUGAAAUUAACAAGAGCAAUCAUACAGUAUUUCUUUUUAUGCAUUGCUCAAACUGAUAUUAUAAAAAAAGAACAAGGAGUAAAGAUGGUAUGUCAUUUACUGAAAGAUUUAACAUGUCAUUCUACGUCCGCACGUGUAUUGGCUCUCAGAGAGAUACUAGGAAAUAGUAUCAAUAAUGAGCAGGCUAAAUACUUUGGCGCAAAGGAAAAAUUCGAGCCUCAUUUUGAAGAGAUGUUAUUAUUACAUCAGAAUCAUAAACAAGUGACGAGUACCAUGUUAGCGCAGCGACAUUCAUCAGUAUUUCACGCUGGCGUGAUAGGACAUGGUCCACGAAGACUUCCGCCGGAAAAUUCGAUCGAUAAGGAAAUCAUUACUUUAAACAAAAUAUUGCUAAUAGAUGUAAUAAAGGCUUGUUGCAGCAAUCAGGAAUCAGAUCGAUAUCCAAUUAACUUGGAUGCUCUGACAAUGGUCAGUUUGUUGUUAGUUGAAUUGGUAUCGCCUGAUGUUAUGUACAAUGGUUUACCGUGGCCUGACGAGGAAUUUACAAAGGUCACAAUAGAAAGAGAUUUACAAAUCCGUCGUAAAUUCAAGGAUGUUUCUUUGUUAUGGACAUUGUUAGAAUUGACUGCUUGGUAUAGGCCGGCAUUAGCAUAUUGUUCCGUUUUACUGAGAGGCAUUACUGCGACUGUCAUGGCUAAUUGGAAUACAGAGGAAGGCGUUUCGCUUGUCAAUAUAAUGGCACUUGGUCAAUUAUUACCACCACCGCUGGCGAGUAUUAGAGACAUUCUACCUGUUUUACAACCUCAUCAGAUCAGUACAAUAAUGAGGGAAUGUUUGUGGGCAUACAUGCGUGAAAAUGUGCCAUCUCCAGCGCUAUUUACGCGAAAUGAAGGUACCAAUAUAGCUUGGAGAGAUAUCGAUAUGUCAUCGCCCAAUGCACGUUUUACAGAUACUCUUCGUUUAGUAUUAUUGGCAAAUAUUCACACUUUAGGAUCUCUGUAUUCAACAUUAUUUUACAAUGAAAAUAAAUAA